GAGAAAGGCUGUGCUUCUCUGGUCUCAGCUCUGAAGUCAAACCCCUCACACCUGAGAGAGCUGGAUCUGAGUAACAAUGACCUGAAGGAUUCAGGAGUGAAGCUGCUCUCUGCUGGACUGGGGAAUCCCCACUGUAAACUGGAGACUCUGAGGCUGUCAGGCUGUCUAGUCACAGAGGAAGGCUGUGCUUUCUCUGGUCUCAGCUCUGAAGUCAAACCCCUCACACCUGAGGAGCUGGACCUGAGCUACAAUCACCCAGGAGACUCAGGAGUCAGACUGCUCUCUGCUGGACUGGAGGAUCCACACUGCAGACUGGAGAAACUCAAUGUGGAACAUGGUGAUCUCACACUGGACCCAAACACAGUAAACAGAUUCCUCUCUCUGUCUGAGGAGAACAGAAAGGUGACACGGAGGAGAGAGGAGCAGCCGUAUCCUGAUCACCCAGAGAGAUUUGACAGGGAACAGGUGCUGUGUAGAGAGGGUCUGACUGGGCGCUGUUACUGGGAGGUAGAGUGGAGUGGGAGAAGGGCUGUUAUAGGAGUGGCAUAUAAAGGAAUCAGAAGGAGAGGAUGGGGUAAUGACUGUGUGAUUGGAUCCAAUGACAAGUCAUGGAGUCUGUUCUGCUCUGACAACCGUUACUUUGCCAGGCACAAUAAUAAGUCCACUAUCAUAGACGUCCCCUCCUCCAGCUCCCACAGAGUAGGAGUGUAUCUGGACUGGCCAGCCGGCACUCUGUCCUUCUACAGAGUCUCCUCUGACACACUGACCCACCUGUACACAUUCCACUCCACAUUCACUGAGCCCCUCUAUCCAGGGUUUAGGGUUUGGGAUGACCCCUUUGACCUUUGGGGUUCCUCAGUGUCCCUGUGUCAAACAUAACACACACACACACACACACACACACACA